UUUAACGUGGCAUCCGGAAAGAGUGUCGUUGCAUAUUUAGCUACGUGUUGUUACCGGCAAAAACAGAUUUAUCCAUAAUGAUUGAAAUUUUAAAGACAGUUUUGAUAUUUGUAGUUGCAACGAUAUUCUUCGAAUCAGCUCAUUGUUUAUUUGUUAACAUAGAUGCAAAUGCUGAGGAAUGUUUCUUCGACAAAGUGACAUCGGGAACGAAAAUGAGCCUGAUGUUUGAGGUUGCAGAAGGUGGCUUUCUUGAUAUUGACAUAAAGAUUUAUGGUCCAGAUGGCAAAGUCCUUCAUCAAGGAGAACGAGAAUCUAAUGGCAAAUACACCUUUGCAGCCCAUAUGGAUGGAAUGUACAAAUAUUGUUUUAGUAACAAGAUGUCCACUAUGACACCUAAAACUGUCAUGUUCUCAAUGGAUUUAGGAGAUAAACCUAAAGGAGGAGAAAAUAUGGAAUCAGAUGCUCAUCAGAAUAAAUUAGCAGAAAUGAUCAAUGAAUUAUCAACAGCUCUGACAGGAGUUAAACAUGAACAAGAAUAUAUGGAAGUUAGAGAAAGAAUUCAUAGAUCAAUAAAUGACAACACCAAUUCAAGAGUAGUACUAUGGUCAUUCUUCGAAGCUUUAGUACUGGUAGCAAUGACAUUAGGACAAGUAUAUUACCUGAAAAGAUUCUUUGAAGUACGACGGGUGGUGUAGGCUGAUAAUAAAUUUAGGAGAUACACUUUACAAAUUCUCACACUGUGCAGCUAAAAUAUAACACCCAAUCAUUUUCAGUGGUUAUAGUGCUAACAUAAUUGCAUUUUUAAAAAGACAUACAAAUGUAUUGUACUAUGCUUAGAUUAAUUGUCACAGUGUAUAUAUUUAUUUGUACUAAGGUUUGUAGGGAUAAUGUUAAUAUUUUACCAACAAGUAUCAGAUUAAUGCAUUGGAAAAAUUUUGUUGCUUAGAAAAAUUAAUCAGAAUUUGAUCAACAAAUUAUGAUGGUAAUAAGAUAAGUUCUGGGUCCUCUGUCAUAAAACUGUACUCAGUACUCGGAGUACAAAAUUUGUGCUCGAAACACCAAAUCCAGUAUUUUGAUUGGUUGAUUUCUGAGUCAGAGUACGAUAAUCGUGCUCGAAACUUUUAUAACCUCAAGGCCUGAUAUGUAAAAUUAUAGUACAGAAUACUGUUUAGUGUCUAUGAAUAUUGAGGAUAAACCAGAUGUUAAUUUUACUUUGCUGAUAAUUAAAUAGAUGGCCAUGCAAUAUUUGAGUUUUGAUAGGAACAGAAACACAAGUCUGUAUUUGCCAGAAUGUUAUUUUCAGUGGAACAGUAUAUUAACACCAUCAUUAUAAUUUUGAUUUCUACAUGAAAAUGAUUAGGUUAGAUGUUUUAGCUUGAUAUCAGUUCAUCCAUCAUUCCAUAUUGAUAGUACAUUGUACUUACGUUACAAUAUGUUUCAUCAUCUAAAGGUAGUUAUUAAAGAUAAUUAAAAUUAUUGAUAUUUAUUCUGAUAAAGCAGAUUUUAAAUCAAGGCUUGCCUCGAGUUCUAUAAAAGAUUCAAUAUUUGAUAUUUACAAUAGAAUUUUGAAUUGUUCAAAAUAAUGAAGGAGGAAAAAAAAUCUGCAAUGUAUUUUUAUAGCAUUGUAUAAAAUUUAGACAAAAAAAAUCAGUAUGAAUUCCUACAUAAACAUGAUAAAAGGAUUUAUAAGGGCAGAGAGAGAUCUCACUGCUUCUGAGUGUUGUUUCAAGUAUUAAAAAGCUUAAUACCAUUUGAAAACCUAAAUUUUUAUUUUACAGUUAAAGAAUUAAAAAAAUUGUGUUUGUAUAAACAUCAAACUUGAAACUUUUAAUACAGAAUCACUUGAAGUAAUUGAAAUUGUUCAUGUUCAUUCAUAAUUUCUAGAAACAGAAGUUCAAUAGUUUAUAUUAAGAUAUGGUACAUGGUACAUUUUUUUAAUUUUAUUUUUGUUUGAGUUUAAAUAUAUUUCAAAAUGUUUGUGUAUUACUAAAUGUAGGGACUUAAUAAAUUCAUAAAUAUGGGAGAAAAAGGUUAAGUUGAGAAACACAAGAUAGUUUUUUUAUCUAACCAUAGAUUAUGCAACCAGAUUUUUAAAUACUUUUCUCUACAAUGCAACCGUCACUAUGUGUUAACAAGUUGAAACCAAGUCAUUUAUAAAAAAGCUAUUCAAGCUACAUUAUUGUUCUGCAAAAGCUUAUUCCUACUGACAUUUUUUACCUAAGACAUAUAUAUAUGUAUUUACUUUAAUAAUUUUCUUCAUGCUAAGUUUAUUGUGUUCGUUCUUUUAUUAUGUAAUAAGUAUUAAUGUGUAAUAGGUGUUGUUAGGAUUAAAUUUGACUGUAGUAAAUUUACCAUGAACACUUAAUGGAUACACAGUGUUGAUCCAGCUUGUUAACAAAAAAAUCAAAGAUGAAAUGUGCUCUCAUUAAUCUGGAAUAUUUGGGAGAAAGUUGAAAGCAAAGGCAAAAUUUAAUAGAGGCUUCUUUAUUAUCUUGAAAUGAAACUGGAAUAAUAAGAUAAAUUUUCUCUCUGUGUGCUCACUUUACUUACUUGCUUGUUAGAGGGACAUUAUUACAAGUUUACAUGUAAAAUGUUAAUAUUUUUGCAUGUUUUGAUGUUUUAAUGAAAAACUGCCAGUUAAAGAUAUAUGGGACAGUUAAAAUCUCUGAACUAAGUGGUAAAAUAAAAAGUGCCUUGUGAUACCUCUCAUACACCUUUCAGUAAAUAAAACUUUGCAGAAAUUUGAGUUUAUAAUUUAUGUGAGCAUUGAUAAAGAUCAGAGAAAACUUAUAUAUCAAAGGUGGAAAACAAGUUUUAAUAUAAGUUUUUAUAAAAAAAAUUAGCCUGUUAUGAAAAUCUUAAAAUUCAUUGGUUAGAAAGAAGGGAGAUAAUCUAAUUCAACAAAUCUGGGAAUUUUAUCAUAAUUACAAAAGGAAAGAGAAUAGAGCUGGUACUUUGAUAGUUAUUUCUUAGUAUUUCAUGAGACUGUUUUCUGAUGUACACUUCAGCUUUGGAUCUCGUACAAGGGACUAUCAAGUUUACAAUAGAAUUUUGAAUUGUUCAAAAAUAAUAAAAUUGAACAGUGUGGGGUUAUUCCUGUUAUUUCACUUUUUCCUAGACAAAUAAUCAACCAAUAAUAAUUUGAAAUUCCAAAUAGUGUAUUAAGAUUGCAUUUAUCUAAUGAAGACUAUCACUUUGUCAGUAAUGCCUUAAUGUUGUUUUUUUAUGUAUAAAAUAAUAUUGAACUGAGACAUGGUGUACAAAUAACAAAUGUAUUAUAAAGUAAAGUAUAUGUACAAUAGAAGAUUUUAGAAAUAGAUCAUUGCUCAUCAAAUGGCUGUUAUGUAAAAUAAACCAAUUGUAUAUUUUAAUAAUUGCUGAAUGGGUAGUGCAUCUGAAUGAAUGUCAGCGAUUUACUGUAUUAUGCAUGUGGAAAAUUUAUUUUACCAGAGAACACACAACAAUAUUUAUGUUUUAAAAUUAAGCCAAAGAUCACAAAUAAUAAUUACAAUACUGUAAAUUCAGAAAUUAUUGCAUGCAUUUAUUAUUGCUAUGUUGCCGUGACAGAAUAAAAUGUAAGAAUAAUUAUUGCGAUUACAGGAAAAGCUGCAUACAAAUAUAUGUCAGAUUUCAGAAUGCGAGUUCCAAUUAUUGCAAUACUCACGCAGUUGCAUUGUUUGCAAUAAUUAAAACGUUGCAAUAAUUUCUAAAUUUACAGUAAUAAUAAAGCAAUAUAUUUCAUAUGGUAAUUUGUCUGCUAAUGGAAUACAUAUUAUGAACUAAAUGUUUACUUGAUUAUUGUAAAAAGAGUGGAAUACAUUGUAUUUCUGUUAAUUUGUUAUAAAUAUUAAAAAUGUCAUUUUCUAUUUUUACGAAAUUAUACUUGAAAUAUGUAUGUGGUACUUUUACAGUUAACAUAAGAAUAACAAACAAACUUGGAACAUCAAACCUAAGUUCUACAUGUAUUUUCAUUAUAAUAAAUGUUUUGAAGAAUAACAUAACAUCACCUCACACUAUGACAGCAUGUUUGCAACCUGUAAACUUAAAUUGAGCUUGAUAGAUUUUUUUCUCUCAAAUAAUUACAUAUGAAUACUUUUUAAAGAAUAUAUAUUUCAAACUAAGUCUUUUUCGUAUUUUUGUUAUCUAUUUAAUUCACAUGUUUUGUUGAGAAUUUUCAUAUUAUGGAAAGUUAUUUUAUUUUCACUUUUUUUUUCAUGUGUGAUUGCUAAAUAUGUGACCUAAGUUUGAAUGUGACACUGAUGAAAGAAUGGUUGGUGUUUGUCUUUGAAAUGAAAGAAAAGAAUAAAAGACCUUAAAAAAGAA